AUGCUUCACCGUACAAAGUAUAAUCGUUUUAGGAAUGAUUCAGUGACAUCAUUCGAUGAGCUUAUACACAACUUAUCAAUGAGCGGCAAAGGCACGACUGUUACGACGACGACAACGACAUCCGAAGGGCCUUCGUACCCAACCUCAUCAGAGGUGCUCCGCAAGAAUCAGGAAGAUGGGCCUACCACACUCUGCACCUUCAUCCAAAAGAUGUCCCAUUUGAAAUUUGCUAACACAGGCAGCCUGUUGGGCAUCAAAAAUUUAUCCUCUGCAGUAAAAGACCUUGCAGUUUCUAAACUGCAAGGCAGUUCAAGCACUCCUAGUUCAGUUACAGCAGCAGUAGAUAUAUGUAACCCUAUCUCUACCACUCCGUGUUCCCAGCAGGACGUGAACAAGAUGAGCACAGACAAGAGGACCAAGGUAGAAGACAUUCACCAGGGUGGAGACGACUGGAACCAUAGUGGCAGUUUUGUCAAUAGAUCCUCACGAGGGUGGUUGCACUCUAACGAGAAGAUCUUGGGACCUGGUGUGACGUAUGUUGUGAAGUACCUGGGCUGUAUAGAGGUGUUACGGUCUAUGCGUUCCCUUGAUUUUGGCACAAGGACACAGAUUACAAGAGAAGCUAUCAGUAGAGUGUGUGAAGCUGUACCAGGCACAAAAGGAGCUUUUCGAAAGAGAAAGCCACCAAGUAAAGCAUUGUCUAGUGUACUUGGUAAGAGCAACCUACAGUUUGCUGGAAUGAACAUCACUCUGAAUAUUUCAACCAGCAGCCUCAAUCUAAUGACGCCUGACACUAAGCAGAUUAUAGCAAAUCAUCAUAUGCAGUCCAUUUCCUUUGCAUCUGGUGGUGAUCCGGACACCACAGACUAUGUUGCAUAUGUGGCAAAGGACCCAGUGAAUCGUCGAGCGUGUCAUAUAUUGGAAUGCUGUGGCGGGCUGGCUCAAGAUGUUAUCAGUACGAUUGGCCAAGCUUUUGAACUUCGAUUCAAGCAAUAUCUACAGUGUCCUACUAAGAUAUCUAGUAUUCAUAACAGAAUGCCAAAUUUAGAAGAAUCAACAUGGGCUGGAGAAGAUGAAGAGGUAACAGAGCAUCCUUAUUAUAACAGUAUUCCAGGGAAAAUCCCUCCUCCUGGUGGGUUUAUUGAUGUCCGACUUAGAGAAACUCAUCAGCUAGGGUUGAAUCAGAUUCUGCCUGAACAUUGUUUUAAUGUUAAUCAGCCAGUGUUAGCCAUAGGACAAGAUCAAAGCUACUAUCAAGGGCCGGACCUGGGCGAGAACCACAGUGAAGACUGGAGACAUGCACUCGGCAAAUAUGGGUCCUCUACUGAUUUAUGCGUUCGAUCGGAGGUGAGACCUUCAUUAUCCAAAGAUGGAGAAGUACCAACAUAUGUCAACACUCAACAUCUAGAUCUCCAGGCUCUAGCAACAUUGCAAGUACAUCCCAGCACUAACACAGGAACCAAUGAAUUGACAAAUAAUAAUGAAAACCAAUCAAAAAAAGAUGUCUUUGAUAUGAAACCAUUUGAAGAUGCUUUGAAACUUCAAGCAGACGGGCAGUUUUCAAACAAACCUUUAUCUCUUCCAUCUGACAGUCCUCAUUUAUCUAAGACAACCACAGCAACAGUGAAGGAAUGCCUUGAGGAGGAACCAUGGUAUCAUGGGGAAAUGAGCAGAAAGGAUGCAGAACAGCUCCUGGCAACUGAUGGUGACUUUCUGGUUAGAAAAAGUACGACCAACCCUGGAUCCUAUGUAUUAACAGGCAUGCAUAAUGGUCAGGCUAAACAUCUCCUCCUGGUAGACCCGGAAGGAAUUGUUCGGACUAAAGAUCAUGUAUUUGAAAGCAUUAGCCACCUUAUCUACCAUCACCGUGACAGCAAUUUGCCUAUAGUCUCUGCUGGAAGUGAACUGUGUCUGAAGCAAUCAGUUGAGAAAAAGCAAUGAUUGCCAGAACUUGUCGUGUGAUUUAAACAACCUGGUGGAAAUUGUUACUCCCUCGUGUAUUGUUUAGUGGAAACAGGGAGAAGAAAUCUCUGAAUUUUGAGAACUGUCUGAUUUAUGUGAAUUGAUAUUGUGCGGCUCAAAGCA